UACAUGUAUUAGUGUAUGACUGUAGGAUUCCGUAGACGUAAUAUAUUAAUAUAUUACGACAUUUAUAGCCGAUCUACAGGCAGAGAAUCUCGGUCAUCCAACAGUUUGCAGAUGGAGACGGACACGUACAAAAAAGAAGAUGAGAACAAGCGCAGAGGAAAGUGGUCAUUCAAAGUUGACUUUCUCCUGUCAUGUCUGGGAUAUGCUGUGGGACUGGGGAACGUGUGGCGGUUUCCCUACCUGUGUUACAGAAACGGUGGAGGAGCCUUCAUUAUUCCUUACUUCAUAGCGUUAGCUUUGAUAGGAAUUCCUAUUCUCAUGCUAGAGUUUACCCUUGGUCAGUACUCCAGCUCUGGACCAUUGACCUGUUGGAAGUAUUCUCCUAUAUUUGCGGGGGUUGGUUAUGCAAUGAACUGCGUGUCUUCGUUUGUUGGUAUUUACUACAACAUGAUCAUGGCCUGGGCUCUCUUCUACUUAUUUGACUCUUUCAGAAGUGAUCUACCCUGGCAUUCAUGUGGUGACUGGAGUACAAAUUUGUGCUAUUAUAACGUGAAGAUUUUGAAUACUACCUCAGAAACCUGUGAGAAGAAUCGCUUUAAUAACCAGUCACUAAAUCCAUGGAUUGCAAACGAAACACAGGGAAUAUGUUACAUAGAAAAUCUUGUAAAUAAAAAAGAAGGAGUGAGAGCUUUCUUCAAUGAAACUGAGGCCAAAAAGUACUUUCCAAGAGUGAUUGCCUCUCAGGAAUAUUUUGAUCGCUAUGUGACGGGUUCAGCUUACAGUCAAGGAUUCUUUGAUCUUGGUGAAGUCCGCUGGCAGCUGGUUCUGUGUUAUUUGUUGGCGUUUGUUUUUGUCGUAUUGGCUCUCAGUAAGAGCAUCAAAACUUCUGGUAAAGUUGUAUACUUCACGGCUACGUUUCCGUAUGUGGUCCUAAUAAUUCUGCUUGUUCGUGGGUUAAUGUUGGAGGGAAAAGAGAAAGGAAUUCACUUCUACAUGACACCAGAUUUGUCUAAACUGAAGGAUGCACAAGUAUGGAAAGACGCCGCUGUUCAAAUUUUCUUUUCUCUGUCAGCUUCUCAGGGAGGGCUCAUAGCUCUGGCUAGCUAUAAUGAAUUCCAUAAUGACGUCAUAAGAGACACCUUGAUUGUUGCUUUUGGGAAUUGUCUAACCAGUAUUUUUGCUGGUUUUGUUAUUUUCUCUUAUCUGGGUCAUCUUUCGGACAUGUUGGGCGUUCCUGUAGAAGAGGUUGCUACAAGCGGACCAUCUUUGGCUUUUGUUGUCUACCCUUUUGCUGUCACACAACUUCCGGUUGCUCCUCUUUGGUCCAUUCUAUUCUUCCUCAUGUUACUUACACUUGCUGUGGACAGCGAGUUUGUGCUGGUUGAGACGGUCGUGACGUCACUGCUGGAUAAGAUUCCCAAACUCCGGGACUACAAGCUAUUUUCAGUUAUUGGUGUGUGUACAGUGAUGUUCCUGCUCGGUCUUACCAUGGCAACAAAUGGUGGUAUAUAUAUGCUAGAGAUUAUGGACACAUACGCUGGCGGUUGGGGCGUGUUGUUUAUUGCAAUAUUUGAGUGUAUCUCUAUAGCUUGGAUUUACGGUGUGUCCAGGUUUCUGGAUGAUCUCUUGCUGAUGGUUGGCAAACGUUUCUGUGGUUGUGUUCCCUUCAUCAUGUUGAAGUAUUGGUGGGUGAUCUGUUGGUGCUGUUUCACUCCGCUGUUUUGUGCUAUCAUUAUGAUAUUUUCCUGGGUGGACUACACUGGUCUAGCAAAUAAACAACACUUUAAUGCUUAUGCUGACCUUAUUGGAUGGUUGAUGACACUGACUGUAGUUGUGUCCAUCGUUGGUACUGCUAUAUACUUGGUCUCUCAGCAAUAUGGAGGUCUUGCAGAGAAGUUGAAUGCAGCUGCUAGCCCAACUGUUGAAUGGGGACCGGCCCUUAUCAAACACCGCCGUGAGGCUUUGCCUCACUCCAAAAAAUAUGGCCGAGCCUUUGUGAUUGAACUUAAUGUGGAUGGUCAGGACAAGGAGACCCAACCAACUAAUAAUGACCAGCUAGAAAUGUCGACAGAAACAUCUGCUGAGGAAAACAGAGGUCCUGUCUUGCACGAUGCAUCGCAUGAAAACAGCAUAAAACGUGAAUCAUAGAAGAUGUACCUAUAUGUAUCUGUGAAAGUGAGUUUGCUGAUUUCCUGAGAGAAAAAAGACAACAACAAAAUGGAAAUAAUAAAACCCUCAAUUUAUAAAAGAUGUAUAUUUUUAUAUGAGAAUAUGUUACUUGGCAUUGUAUUAGAAAAAACGUUUACUGUAGAUGUACUUAUUUCGCUGGUCAACAUUCCGCGAUUGCACAUUUUCAGCUGAUCAAAAUUCCAUGGAUUUUCAGGAUGCUCUUAAGUUUCAUUAUUGUAUUAAAACUUCGUUCAUUCA